CGGCUAAACUUACUAAAAUACCCUUAACUACUACUCGUGCCUCCAACAGUCCACCCCUCUUAAAAUCAACCUUGACCUCAAGGUUAAAACGAAAACAACUCCCACAACACGACUAAGAACAUAAUCAAAUCUAACGAAGACUUCUACUAAUAAUAAAUGAAAAUGGCAAUUGGUGGUGAGUAUGAAGCUGGCAAUUGAGGCGUUCCUCCCAUUGUCUAGAGAUCGGCUAAUGAAUUUGGAAGUGGCAGGCUGUGACUUCUUCCUUUUUCCUCCACAUCCUCUUAGCUUUCCUCUUUCUGAACUUCCACAUAUGUAUCAGGAUCCCACAGCUUUGUAAUGGAAAUAAUAAUGGACCAAUCCUCCAUUCUAUUUGACCCUCCAGAUGAAUCCCCUUCACCGCUAGCUUGGUGAUUUGUUGUGGGCUCAGAAGCUUCAAGAUCUCAACUGCAAAUUGCAUUGUGAUAGAAAUAGUUGGGAUGGACAUUUUUGUUGUUGGGAGCUUGGCAGCCACGAAGACCUUCACUGGUUGUUUUAUACUUUUAUUGCAGCGAGUGAAGCUGUACCCUGGUGAUGACAUAGAGUCUUGGCGGAGACUAUCUUAAACAUGGUAACAACAACGACAACCUUGGUAGAAAUCUCCUCACCAACUGUUGGCGACGACGAGAUGGAGAGGAAUGCGCUCUUGUUCUUCAUUGCAUCUGAGCUAGAGGCUCGCUUGGAAGAAGAAGGCCCCAUCGUCGCUGAGACUUCUCCUUCUGUUGUCUUGGUAGCUGCGACUGAGAGCGUCCCACCAUCGCCGAGUUCCCGCGACGCCAAGGCCUUCGUCGGCUCGAUCGGAUGAGUUCGAUUCUCGUCCCCCUCUCGCAGUACACGUCCAACCUCCGCACAAAAUCGCAAGGUUCCAGCCCCCUGUACCCCUCCAAAGUGAGACAGGUCGCGGCGGUGGAGAGCAUCGCAUCGCUGAGUUUGCCCGAAUCUGGCUCCUUUGUUUGUUCAACCCGAUGAGACUGGUUCGCCGCCAUCUCGCGCAAUUGUCGUUUGUACGAAUCGAACUGCUCCUACAGUCGUUCCAUGAAACUCUUGACCGCUACCUCGAACGCUCCCAAAGAUUGGAACCGCUCUAAUACCAUAUGAUGAAUGGAUGAUGGGUAGAGAUGAUUGAAUUCAGGAUUGAGAAGAAGAUACUUGGAGAUUUGGAGAAUAUUCGAACAUAACUAGGGAUUGGAAAGGAGAUUCGGAUAAUCUAACGAUGCUUUGAUAAUUUGUUUAUUGAUUGAUUCUAACGAAAUAUGUAAAACGACAAUAUAUAGACGCUAACCCGAAACCCUAAUCAACCUACUCGACUAAAUUUACUAAAAUAUCCUUAACUACUACUCGUGCCUCCAUCAAUAUAUUAGAGCCUUCAUAAUAUAAUGCUGAGGCUCCA